AUGAAGCCCAACGAAAGCGCUUUAUACGUUGCAAGGUUUCAUCGCAGUUGCCGUAAUCGCGAGUCGCAUGACGCGGUCUCAGAGUUGGCGGCGGAACUGCGACGUGCCUACAUGGUGAAGGGACUGCAGGCCCAACUCGAGGAGAAACAGACUGGCAGAUACAUCGAACUCAUGCGAGAACGCGAGAGUGCCAAAUUGGCUCGCGAACAACAGCGAGAGAUGUUAGAAAAGGAUCUCCAGCGCCAAUCAGAGAUUCUACAGAAAUGCGAGGAGUACAGGCAGCAGCUGGACGAGCAGCUGACGCGGAAAGAAGAAGAGAAAAGAGUCCUCGUAGAGGAAGCUCGCGAAUAUAGGAAGUACCUGGAAGAAGUGGAUCGAGUACAGGAAGAACGGGAACUCUCGAGGGCACUGGAGAAGAAAUGCGAACUCGUGGAAAGAGCGAGACAAGAAAGACUGAUACUCGAAGAAAUGAAGAAGAUUCAUCGACAGGAGGAGCGUGAGGCGGAAGAGAAGAAGCGGCGGGAGGAUCUAAAAUAUUUGAAGGAGAUUGAAGAGAGAUCGAAGGAGAUGAGUAGACUCAGACAGGAGCAGAUAGAGAGACGCGAACGUGUCCUGUUGGAAACGACGAGGAUAAUGCUGGACGCUCAGGCUCGAAAACGAGAGAGGGAGGAACGUCUGAUUGAUCUCGUGGCUGAGGAGAUUAGGUGCGAGCUCAUAAUCAAAGAGAUGGAAGAGGCGAUGCACAGGAGAAAGAUGCGGCAAGAACUGGCAGCUAGUUUACGGGAACAGAUAGUCUUUACGAAGCAGUGUAAGCAGCGUUUCGUGGAGGAGGAUAGAGCAUGGGCCGAACAAGUCAUGAGGAAGAUUAUGGAAGACGAGAAGAUGGCGAGGUUCACGGCAGAGGCGAAAAAGAGGAUGAAAAUGCAGUACCGGAAGGACCUGGAGAAUUUGAUUGCGCACCGCCGCAGGAUUCGCGAAGAGGAGAUUGCUAAGAUUGAGGAAAUCGCUAAAGAGCAACGGAGGUUGGAACUAGCUGAGGCAGAACAUGCAAAAGAGGAAAGAAGACGCUUGUUGACGACGCAUGCAACUAAUAUUGCGAACUUUGUGAAUAGAGCAGUUCUCACGACUGAAGAACGACAAAUUCUUGCCGAAUUGAUGAAGGAAAGUCAUGACACUGAAAAUAUCAAUGACGAUGCACUGGCGAAAAUAUAA